AUGGGGUUUAAAGAUUUGCGUGCAUUUAAUCUAGCAAUGCUAGGAAAGCAGGCGUGGCGAAUGUUGACUAAGCCUGACUCUCUGGUGGCACGUGUGUAUAAGGCCCGGUAUUUUCCGAAAGGAUCUUUCUUUGAUGCACAGGUGGGAAAUAAUCCCAGUUUCUGCUGGCGGAGCAUCAUGGUAGCAAAGAGUAUUAUUUUUGGUGGGGUCAGGCGCAGAAUUGGUAAUGGGGAGUCUACAUUCAUAUGGACACACCCUUGGCUACAGAAUGACCAUGACCCAAUGAUACAAACAGAAAUGCCAAUACAGUUGAAGGAAGCCAAGGUGGCAGGUUUGAUAGACCAACAAACUGGUUCUGGGAUCCCUCAAUCUUAA